GACUGACACUUUUCGCCGACUGUCGCUUCGUUUCAGACUUCGACGUCGGGCUGCAAGGUUGCACCAUUUAUAUCUUUUUUUAAGAAAAGACGGGCGUUGUUUUCUUGUUCGCAUUGUUUCUAUCAAUCAAUCGCGCUGUGCUCAAAGUGACCUCCUUUCAUCUUGCAGCUUUUACCCUUUUUUGCUUGGUUAAAAGUUACAAUUUGGAGCGCAUCUUCCAAAUAAUUUGUGUGUUAUGUCUAACAGCUCCCACGUAGACAAGCAGCGACCUUCAUUGCCGGGCACAUCCCAAAUUCUGACUGGAACAUCCUUUUAGUGCUGUCAUUUUGAUGGAGUGACACGUGACCUCCGACCUUUGGUCUUGGCAUCCGAGUGAAUCGGCGACCUCCUUUUGCUUCCGCCGCCUGAUCGUCAUCCACGUGCCAAAAAUGGACGCCAUGGACACCUUACAGAGCUCCGCCCCGGAGACCAAAGCCGAGCGGAUCGCCCGCUACAAAGCCGAGCGCAGGCGGGAGCUGGCCGAGCGCUACGGCACCUCUGACGAAUUCACCUCCAAGUACGUCCGCAGUCGGGACAGGAAAGUUGCGGACUCGUCCGAAAGCAAGGAGACGGAACUAUGCGAGGAUGAGCAAACGUACGCCAGGAGAGGCCCGAAGAGCAAAGUUGAUCUCGACACUGAUCUCAAAGCAAUGGAGAAAAGCACCUACGUCAAACGGGAACCUCGUUUGACUUCUGAAACAGAAGUUCAGCCUUCCAUCAAGACGUCUUCCAAUAUUAGGCAUCUGGACGUUGAUGAUAAAGACGAGUCAAAGGUUGAGCGCAAGACUUGGGACCAGCUGACCUCUAACAUGUCUCUCAAGGAUCGGGACGAUGGAAGCGGCGACAGAGUGAAGUGUCAGCCGGUGGAUCUCGGGAACGAAGAGGAAACUCUGAGUCGCAAAGAAAUGGACGCCGUGGACGAGCCUUCGUCCGAGGAGCAACGGCAAGCGCCAGAAGAAACACGGACGCCCUCGCUGCAGCGCCAGGACUCGAGGGGCAUCAAGGGAAUCUUGAAGAAGAGCCGCUCCACCAGCGUGGAGUCGGACCAGAGCGAGGGCUCGCCACUCCGACCCGCCAGCGUCUCACUCAGUCACCCAGAGAGCGAGGAGGCCGAAGAUGGCGAGCUGGAGGAUCUGGAGGACGAUGUCGAGGAGGACGCCUCGUUUCUGGACGACGACACGGACGAAGGCGACCCGAGCGAGCGGAGGCGGCGCAGCGAGGGCAGCAGCGGCAGCAGCCUGGAGGAGAUGCGCAGCUCCUCGCCGGAUGAGAGCUUAGACGUGGCCUCCACGCCGUCGGAGGACACCGAGGAGAUGGACAGCUUGGACGGGAGUCAAGGUUCCGGCAUCAAGCAGAGGCUCGGCGAGUUCAGCGGCGACGAGAGGACAGAGCGGACGAAGAAGCCCGACCCGUCAACAGUGAUUCAAACGCCGCUAGCCAAUCGCUUCAGCCAGCUCCAUGAUGCGGAGAACGCCUGGAAGAAAAAGAAGUCCAAUGUGGACGCGUCACCCAAGGUAUCACUGGCUGACAGGAUGAAGAUCCUCAAGGACAAGGAGGAGCAGUGGAAGAACAAAGGCAAAGGAGCCGCCAACGAUUCCGUUCAGUUCACCGUGGCCGGACGCAUGGCCAAGAAAGGUCUGGUGUCAGACGCGGGGAAGGCGGAGGCCCGUCUCACCCCCAUGAAGAAGUCCAACGCCACGCCCGUGAAGCCGCUGGAAGAAAUCUCCAGCAGAAGCGGCGUCAAGGUGGAAGGGGACAAAAGGCUGGACAAACUCGAGUCCUUCCUGGACAAGCUUCACAGUAAAGGCGUGAGCAAGAACAAGACGUCCACCAUCGAAGUGACGGCCGAGGCCGAGAAGGAAGUGAUGACCCUGGACGACCACGAGACCUUCGGUAACUUCUACCGAUCCAUCUCUCCCUCGGCCUUCCAGGACGUCUCGGUGACCGAGGAGGACCUGAGCCAGAUCCAGUCCAACACGCCAAAGCUGGCGUCGGCCGUGGCCAAGCACAAGCGCGCCGUGAGGCCCAACAGGAGGAACCAAGGAUCCAGGAACCCUCUGAGGGCGCUGGCGGCCCGCAAUGACAUCCGGCAGGUGUACACGGAGCAGAGGCUGAACAUCGCCAAAGUGGAGACCAAGAGGAUCCAAGUGGAGCGCAUGGCCAAACACUCCAACCUGGCCGACGUGGCCUUGGCGGGCCUGGCCAGCAAGGAGAACUUCCGCAAGGUCAACCUGCGCAGCGUCAAGUCGACCGACGUGGUCACCAACAACAGCGCGCUGCCCUACAACAAGCUCAUGCUCAUUCGCAUCAAAGGUCGCAGGCACGUGCAGGUGCGCCUGGUGGAGCCCACGUCCAAGUCCCUCAACAGCGGCGACUGCUUCCUCCUCAUCACGCCCAAGCAUUGUUUCAUGUGGAGCGGCGAGUUCGCCAACGUCAUCGAGAAAGCAAAGGCGUCGGAGAUGGUGUCCUUCGUUCAGGCUAAGCGGGACCUGGGCUGCAAAGCCCCCCAGGUGACGGUGCUGGAGGAGGGCAUCAACACCGAGAGCAAAUGGGCCAAGGAGUUCUGGAGUCUGCUCGGGGGGAAGAACCAAUAUCCAGGGGCGGGGGAGCCAGAGGAGGACGAGCUAUACGAGAGCGGCGUCUUGGACUCCAACGGGGUCUACAGACUCCAGGGAGACAAACUGGUGCCUCACGAAGACGCCUGGGCCUCCAUCCCGAGCGUCACCUUGCUGGACUCCAACGAGGUUUUGGUGUUUGACUUUGGCGGCGAGGUCUACGUGUGGACCGGCAAGGACGUGUCUUUGGCGGACCGGAAGGUUGCAGUCAAACUGGGCAAGCAGCUCUACAGCGGCACCUAUGAUUACACCAAUUGCAGGGUCAACCCUUUAGAUCCCUCCUGCACCGAAAGCCGUGACGUUGCACAGCAAGGAGAGGGCCGCCCAAGUUGGACUCUGUUUGGCCGCCUGUCGGAGCACAAUGAGACGUCCCUGUUCAGAGAGAAGUUCCUGGACUGGGCCGAGAGGAGGAAGGAGGAGGCGGCUGUAACGGAGGAGGUCAAGAGCCCGGUCCACUCCAACGUGCGCUCCUCGCCCGACCCGGACCUGCAGCCGUGCGACGCCAACGAGCUGCUGGCCAACGAGCCGCAGCCGGUCCGGACGCUUCUGGAGGGCGUGGACGUCCAGCGGGGCCACGGCGUGGUGAGGACGGAGGACAGCAGGCAGGCGGAGCUGGCCACGCUGGCCGUGGACGCCUGGCAUAUCAAGGAGUACGGCGAGGAGGAGGUGCCCAAGGAGAGCCUGGGACAGCUUCACGAAGGGGACGCCUACAUCGUCCGAUGGAAGUACUCCAUCACCACCCUCGUGGGAAAACGGCAGAAACCGGGAGAGCUGAGUGCCGGCGUUGCGGGCAGGGAGAGGACGGCUUGCUUUUUCUGGCAGGGCCUCCGCUCCGGCGUCAGCGAGAAGGGAACCUCGGCGCUCAAGACGGUGGAGCUGGGCAACUUCCGAGGCUCGCAAGUGCUGGUGAGUCAGGGGAAAGAGCCGCCUUGCUUCCUGCAGCUAUUCCAAGGGGGCUUGGUGGUCCACAAGGGCAGUCGAGCCGACUCGCAGAAACAUUCAGGAGGUUGGAGGUUGUUUUGCGUUCGUGGCGAAGCGGAGGUGGAGGCCAUGCUGUUGGAGGUGGAGUGCACCGGUGCCAGCCUGCGCUCGCGGGCCGUCCUCCUGCUGCUCCACGGCCGGGAAGCUCGUCUCUACCUGUGGCACGGCUGCAAAGCUCAUCCCGGCGCCAGGCAGGUGGCCAAGAGGACCGUAGAGCGCAUGAGAGAAGGGUGUCCUCCCGAGUUGGGUCUGAGCGGCGCCGGCAGUGUUGAAGUUGAGGAGGUGGAAGAAGGAAGCGAGCCCGCCGAGUUCAAGAAGGUUCUCGGUCUGCAGGACAGGAAGUCCUACGACUGCAUGCUCGAAGACCCCGGCAAGUACAAUUACACCCCCCGGCUCUUCCGGCUGAGCGCCAGCUCGGGCCUGUUUGAAGGCGAGGAGCACCUUUACCCCGCCAGGGUGACGGAGGGAGUCAUGGCCAUGCCCUUCCUCCAGGAGAACCUCUACACGGCACAGCAGCCCGCUCUCUUCCUGCUGGACAACCGUAUGGAGGUGUACCUGUGGCAAGGGUGGCAGCCCGAGGAGGAGCAGUGCACGGGCUCGGCAAAGAUGCGCUGGGACAGCGAGAGGAAGUGCGCCAUGGAAACCACACUGCACUACUGUCGAGAAAAGAGCUCACGGCGCCCCCCUCAGGCGUACCUGGUGAUGGCAGGCUGCGAGCCGCUCACCUUUACCAACAUCUUCCCUUACUGGAAAAAGGACCCCAGCGUUGCCUCCAAGACUGCGGGCUCCAAAAACAAAGUCACCUUAGUGAAGGAGGUGCUGUCCAAGCUCAGUAAGCUGCAAUACUCCAUCGAGGAGCUCACCAGGUCGCCCCUCCCUGAUGGCGUGGACCCUCUCCGCCUGGAGGAUUAUCUCUCUGACCAAGACUUCAAGAAACUUCUGGAGAUGAGUCGGGUGGAGUUCAACGCCCUGCCAAACUGGAAACAAAAGAACCUGAAGAAAAGUAAGGGUCUCUUCUAAAAAAACAAAAACAACAACAAAAAAACAUUUUGUUGUAUUCCAAAAAAAAAUCACCUCAUUUUGUAAAACACAUGUACAAUGUUGUACAGUUUUUUCUAAUUUUAGCCAAUUAACCAUGUGCAAUUUUUAAUCAACCUUUGUUUGUGUUCUUGGUGUGCUAAGCGCUUUACGCAACAACAACAUUUUAAAUGUUGUCCAAUUUGAGCUACAAAAAACUGGGAAGGGAAUGAACAAACUCUGUUAAAUCAUUUGCUCACUCGAGGCCUUGCUUAAAACAGACAUUUUUGAUAUUGCUUCAUUUGAUGGGAAAAAAUUCUUUUGAAUAACACAACUACUCUUUUGGGACCAGAUGAGACUUUUUUUAAGACUUGCCAACAAGUGUUUUGUGUAAAAAGUAUUAAUUGUAUGCUAGUGUGUUAUGUGUUUACUCCUCAGACAUGUUACAUGUAUGUUGCAUGGCUUCUAUCAUUUUUAUGCAAUAUGAUCUUUUUUGUAUGUAUAAAAAAAAAUAGACAGA